AUGAAUCCACAAAUUGAUAAUGGAAUAACGAAUGAAUUAAAUAAGAUGAAUUUAGAUAAUGAAAGAACAACGGAUGAUUGUGAAAGUACAAAGGAAUUAACAAGUCACGGUUCUAAUGUUUGUACAAUAAUAAAAGGAGCACAUUGUAUAGUUAGAAGUUUCGAAGAAUUUAAUCCACUAAUCAAUACAUUCCUUUCAUUGGGAAAUGAAAUUAUUACUUUGUAUGAAAAGGCUGAACAUAAUAAAAAAUUAUGUAGUAUCCUUUUAAAAAGAGUUAAUUGUGCAUAUGCUGCAGUAAAAGAUUUAAAUAUUAGAAAAACCGAAAACACACAAUUUUUUUUUAAAAACGAAAAUCUAAAAAUAUUUGAAGACUUUAUUAAGUGUAUAAGAGAAAUUAAAAACUUUAUAGAAGAUAUCAGUCAUUUAAACAAACUUCGAAGAUUUUUUUAUACCGGUGGGAUCAACGAUACUUUUCAAAAGCUUACAAAGGAAUUUGACGGAUAUAUGAAUAGUUUGAAUUUUUCUUUUAUUGUAGAAUCUAGAGAUGAAUUUGCAACUAUGAAGGAUGAUGUAAACCAAAUCAAAGAUAUAUUAAUUUGUGUAUAUGGAGUCUCUGAUGAUAGACAAUCUCAACAAAAUUUCCUCACUGGAAUGGAUCGAGUAGUUGGAAAAAACAAAAACUUUCAAAAGCAGCAAGACAAAAAUUUAAAUCCAUCUGAAUUUAAAGACCUAGAAGAAAAUGAACCAUUACUUGAUGGUAGCCAAUAUAAAAGAACAAAUAUAUGUCCUUCAAAGAAAAUUGAAAAACGUACAUUAAUCAAAGAUAGUACUGACGUUUCAUUUAAAGAAUUUUCAAUUAAGACUUCCCCUUCGGAGACUAAUAAUGAGCAAACUCAAGGCAAAACUCAAAUUGAAAUCAGAAGACAAAUUAAUAUACUUAAGGAGUUAAAAAAUUCUGAUCAUAUUAUAAGAUUUUUUGGUGUGGCUCAAGAAAAUUCCAAAUUUUAUUUGGUUACCGAAUGGAUGGAUCAUGGAAAUUUAUAUGAAUAUUAUACCAAAUUUGGUGAAAAUAUGAAUUGGGAAACAAAGAUAAGAUUUGCUUUAGAUAUUUGUCGUGGCGUUGCGUAUCUUCAUGAAUGUGAGAUUCUUCAUCAUGAUAUUCAAUCGACAAAUAUUUUAGUAAGUCAAUAUCACAAGGUUAGAAUAGCAAACUUUGGUCUAAGUAAAAAAUUUUCAGAUGCUACAAGAAGUAUUUCACAUAAUUUAGAAAAUAUAAGGUACAUGGCUCCAGAAAAACUAUUAUAUGAUAAAAAUAAUAAGGAUAAUAAAACGAAAAAGGUUGAUUAUGAUACUAGGUGUGAAAUUUACAGCGUUGGAGCGUUAUUGUGGGAAAUUGCAGAAUUAAAAAAACCUCAUUCUGAUCUUGAUAAAUCAGAAAUACUUAAUAAAGUUAGAAAACGUAUGCGAGAAAAUUAUUAUGAACCACUUUCAAAAGAUGUGCCUUUCGAAUGGAAGAAUAUGGUAUCUACUGCUAUGGAAUAUGAACGUGAUUGGCGUAUUAAAAUUUCUUUAAUUUGUCGCAAACUUUAUAAAUUGAAGGAAAAAUAUUCAGGUACAUCCCGUCCACACAGCGGUUCUAUUUCUUCAGAAAAUGAAGUCCCAACACCUUCUGAGGACUAUAAAGAAAAUUUAUCUGCAAUAAAUAAUCAAAUUGCAACUACCGUUUCAUCAUCCAUAACUAUUAAUAUUCUCGCUACUGUAGACGACGCAAUUCGCGAACACAAAUCUAAUAAUGGAAAUAAACUAGUUGCAUGGAAUAGUUUUAAAUAUCACUCAAUAACCAAUGUCGAGGCAAGAUAUUGGGUAGGGUAUUAUUAUUUUUAUCAUGGUGAUGAUAUACACGAAUUACAACCAAUUAGUGAGAAAGAAAGAAUCAAAUAUGCCAUUGAAAUAUUUAAAGAAACUGCGGAUAAAGGAAAUUCUUCUGCUCAAUUAAGAUAUGGAAUGCAUUUAUGGAAAAAGGAAAACAAUUAUAUCGAGGGUUUCAAAUAUUUGGAGAUGUCAGCUAAUUCAAAAGAUGCAACGGCCAUGUUUAUUGUUGGAAAAGCUUAUUGGAAUGGUAUUAAUGGUAUUAAACAAGAUAAGACACUAGGUGCCGAAUAUUUAAAAAAGGCUGCUUUUGCAGCUCAUCCUAAAGCUAAAGAGUUGUGCAAUGAAUAUCGAAUUUUAUAA